CUCUCAAAAUGGCGGAUGAACCAACACGGGAGUGGAACGAUGAGCACCUCAAAAGUGAUGAUUUGGCCAAAAAAGACAUCAUAAAGUUCAUCCAGAACAAUGCAGCACACUCGUUCCUCAACGAGCACAAACUGCUAGGAAACAUAAAAAAUGUCGCCAAAACAGCGAAGAAAGAGCAACUGAUUCUCGCCUACAACCAGCUCUUCGAGAGCAAAAAGUUUAAAGGCACAGAACCAAUUGAAGAAGUGACCGAGCAGAUUAGGACUGUGAAAAUUGAAGAAAAGGCAAAAGACGUCGAGGUUGUGGACGAGGGCCCGCCCAAGUACUUCAAGUCGGUCCUGAAGAAAGGCGACAAGAGCAACUUUCCAAAGAAGGGCGACAACGUGAGCUGCUGGUACACCGGGUCCCUGGAGGACGGGACCGUCUUCGACACCAACAUCCCCACGACGGCGAGAAAGAAGAAGCAAACCAAACCACUCACCUUCAAAGUCGGCCUGGGCAGAGUCAUCAGAGGGUGGGAUGAGGCCAUUCUGACCAUGAGCAAGGGGGAAACCGCUCGGGUGGAGAUUGAACCCGAGUGGGGCUACGGACGGAAGGGACUCCCCGACUCAAAAAUUCCACCCAACGCAAAGCUGAUCUUCGAGGUGGAGCUGGUGGCCGUGGACUAAUUGCCUGCCGCUACGCACCGCAGUUUAAAGGGGAAAGAAAAUAUUGCCUUGCUGUAAAGAUUGACACUUAAAAUGGUUUUUUUUUAAAAUUUGAAUUGCACCAUUCGUCUCGUUCGUCACCGCGUUACAAGAAACAGGCAGUUAGAGCGUUUUAAGUUUUGCCCAGGAUGUGAUGGCUUGUCAAUAAUGUACAUACCACCCUGAAACCUUAGUCUCUGUAUUUUCUUUUGCAUCUACAGUGUAAAUGAUUAAUAAACCUGUUUCAGAGAUUAA